GCUCCUGAUUCACAGCUUUUAUCUUCUAGCAGCAGUAGGUUCCCUCCCCUUGCAGAGAUAGACAGAGGCAGAGAGACCUCUCCUGCGCCAGCUGCGAUCUCCACAGCAGACACCAUGGGGAACUGCUUCACCACUCAGCCCAGCAGCCUGCAACUGAACAUGAGCGACUUCAAAGAGCUGCUGCUGCUGAAUUACACCGACUACCAGGAUUACGAUGCCGCCGCCGCUGCCCCCUGCCACAGCAGCUACUGCUCCUUAUUGGGCAGCUCUAUCCCUAGCUUCCUGGCUGUCAUCUGUGCCCUGGGCCUGCUGAGUAACUUGGCCCUGGUGGUGGCCUUGGUCACCUGCCAGAAUCUUUGGAGUGGGCCACCUGGCCGCACCUUCCUGUUCCAGCUGACACUUGGCACUUCCCUCUUCACAGCCACGUUACCAUUUUUUUCUGCAGGCAGCAGCCAUGGCUGGGUCUUUGGUGAUGGGUUCUGCAAGGUCGCAUUCCUGGUGUGGUACGGGAGCCUUUUUGCCGAAGGGCUGCUGGUGGCUGCCAGCACGUGCAGUGCCUGGCUGGCCAAAAGGGUUGCCCGCCAGCACUUCUGGGGCAUGACCGUGGCUCUCUGGGUGGCCUCUGUCCUCCUGGCAGUGCCAGCUGCCUUCAUGAGUAGGACGGAGGAGCACCCUCAGAAGAUGUGCCUGUGGAAGGACAACAGUGAGCAGCAAUGGUGGAGUCUGGCUCAUGUCACCACCUGCCUGGCUGUUUUCAUCCUGCUCCCCAUCGCAAUGGGUGUGGCCAAAGCAAUGCUGACUUGGCAUAGGCGCGGCUGGCAGCUGAGGGUCGGUGUGACAUGGCUGUUCUUCCUCCUCUGGGUGCCGUAUGGGAUAGCCCUGCUCCUGGACUCACUGCAGAGAAGGCAGCUACUCUCCACCAGCUGCCUUUUCUGGGAGAGCCUUGACUUCUUCCUGGGGCUGUCAGAGGGCCUCGGUAUACUGCACUGCUGCCUCGGGCCCCUGCUGCUUCUCGGAGUCGGGCUGUAUCACCGAAGGACGGACGCUGGACCAGGCCCUCUGGGCAUGCCAGGGCUCGGUCUUGCCAGCCCCCAAUGUUCCAAACCCAUGAGUCAGGCUCCCCAAAAAGCAUGAGGUUACCUCUGAAAAAUCAUGUGAUUCUGGACAAAUAUGCAUGUUUUAAUUUGCCUUCUUUAUGAGCCUUUAGGGGGCCCUGGAGUCACCUUCUGAAGCUUUCUCCAUAGCCGCAAAGGCCAGAAGUUUACUUUUUCUCUAGGCGUGGAGGCUGACGUCCUCACACUCCGCAUGACGCCAGAAGCUGGGGUUUAAGGGGAAAACAGUCAUCAUCAUGAGACUCUUGACAAAGUCAUGAGCCUUGGCAACCCUGGGGGUGGGACUACCCAGGUGCCCUCUAGCUCAUGCUCUGCAUGGCCAGGUUGGCAGCCCCUCUGCGCUCUCUGAGCCCAAUUCGCCCUCCCUGGCCCUUGGUAUCAUCAUUGCCACCCAAGCAGAGCUGUUGCUUCCCACUUGCUAUGGGUGCAAAUAACAAAAUGUGCCUGGGGGAUGGGGGAGUCAAACCCCUCUCACUCUGAACCGGGACUCGCACCAACAUCAUAGAACACUAGAACUGGGAAGGACCUCGAGAGGUCAUCGAGUCCAGUCCCCUGCCCUCAUGGCUGGACCAAGCACUGUCUAGAUUAGGGGUGGGCAAUAACUUUUGUCCAGGGGUCACUUCAAAAA